CUCUCUCUCUGGUUGUCAUCACAUUUCCUGUAAGUGAAGCAAGGCUCAACAUUUCCUCAGAGAAACCUUCCAUGACUUUAGUUCCUUCUUUUAUUCGAGGUACGUCUCAACAGAGAGACGACGGCAAAGUAUCAAAGGUUUUUUUCUUUGAUACAUCCAUUUUUAAACGACAUACCGAACAAGAGGCCGUCUGGUUCAAGUCAACGAAUCAUUUCCGUUGCUUUGGCAACAAAGAGUCAACAAACCAGCCGAGGACGAGGGGAAAUGAGGACCAUGAUGACCAUGGAUGUCUUAAGGUUUAUCUUUGUAUUGCUGUUGUCACUGACGGCGAGCAGGCCCUCCAGCCAGAAUCCUAACGCCACCGAUGUGAUGAUUCACAACCAGUCAACCAAAGAGGAGGCAUCCAACUCAAAUCCACCUUCAGUGGUUUCAGGUCUCAUCACACAGGCUACCAUGAUUAAUGAAACGACUACAAAACCCAGUGAUACACCUUUACUGCAAACAACUCCAACCACACCUCUUUCACCAAAUACUCCAACAACAGCAACCCGUUCCCAAUCAUUUCAGCCCGAAAGCUCCACAAUGGGCAUGAAGUCCAUGACGCCAGCAACAACAGCAGUGACCAGUGAAGCCAGCAACCCAACCAUGACCACAAGGGUACCUCCAACGCUUAGCGGCUCCACCCAAAGCCAAGACACAGGAAAUACGACAACCUCCAAAUUCACCAGGGAGAAAACCACCGAAUCAUCUUCACCCCCCGCACAGUCUACAAAUCUUAUUUCUACAACCGUAUCUACUGAGUCUCAAAGCACAGUCCCUGGUGCUACAGAGUCUACAGGUCUGUUCAAAACUUCAAAAGCAACAACAAAGACCCCAUUCAUCCACACGACAAAUACAAGACAAGACCCCCCCAUAAAGCAAUCAGGCAACAGUAAAGCUGUUGCAGGGAUAAUUGGCGGGGCGCUGGUACUGAUGAUGGUAGGAUUCCUGGUCAUCUACAUUAAGAAACGGAAGCUUCAGAGUCAUCAGAUAACAACCAAAGACUGGGCCGGACCAUCACCAUUUCUAGAGGGGGGAGAUGACAACGGUCAAGUGACACAGAGGUCAUCAAACCGGAUUUCUCUGUCCAGCUUCCUGCCUCAGAGGUUGUCCAAAAGGUUGUCCUUGCUCCCAGAAACAGACGAGGAGUUGGAGGACAUGGUGCCGGGCUCAACGUUCAGAGACAAGAAUCAAGGGAGUACCUUUGGUCGAGAGGUGAAUGGAAAUGAUAAAGAAACCAACGGGAUGGCUGGAGGUAACGUAGAGACUACAACGACAGGAGGCCCUCAAGACACUGUUGAAAACUCAGAGUCCUCUUCACAAACCCAAGACCCACUGACCACAAACGACAAUUCAGGAGAUGCCAAACUCAGUCAAGACCCUCCUGCAAGUCCAACUGCUCUAUCUGGUGCUGGGGAAAAUCUUCCAGAACCCCCCCCCCCCCCCCCCAAUAAUGGGCAACCUUCACUGAACUGACUCCCCAACCCCCACAAUGAAUUCACUUCACUGUUUUUAAGAAGCAACAACUGUGACAGACAACACAGGAAGAUGAGUCACUUCAAGAAGUGAUGUUUAUCUUGGCUUUCACUGCAGUAAAUAAACCUGUAUAUGUACGGU